AAAAAAUAAAAAAAAUGGAAACAUACGGAAGACUGCAAAACCAUUGUUUUCAUGGCGUAAGAGAGAGAAACAGGGAGAGAGAAGGAGAAGAAGAAAAUUCGAAACAAAUCACACGGAACCAGACCAGAGCUCCUCUCCUCUCCUCUCUGCUACCGUUACCUUCUCCAACCUUCAUUUUCAUUAGUGUUUCCUCUCUCUCUCUCUCUCUCUCUCUCUCUCUCUCUCUCUCUCUCUCUCUCUCUCUCUCUCUCUCCACCUCCUAAAACUCUUAAAACUUUUGGUGGGUUUUGGUCUUUCCGCGAUCUGAUUUCGAAAGUCCUUAACUUUCCGGGAGAAAGAGAUUCAGAUGGAGGAGGGAAGCGUGUUCAGAUCGGUGCUAGCGAUUCUUCAGUGGUGGGGCUUCAACGUUACCGUCAUCAUCAUGAACAAAUGGAUCUUCCAGAAACUGGAUUUCAAGUUCCCACUAUCGGUUUCGUGUGUUCACUUCAUAUGCUCAUCGAUUGGAGCUUACAUUGUGAUCAAAGUCUUGAAGCUUAAACCUUUGAUCGUCGUUGAGGCGGAGGAUCGAUGGAGGAGGAUCUUCCCUAUGUCUUUCGUCUUCUGUAUCAACAUCGUGUUGGGGAAUGUCAGUCUUAGAUACAUUCCUGUUUCUUUCAUGCAGACUAUUAAGUCCUUCACUCCAGCUACUACAGUUGUGUUACAGUGGCUGGUCUGGAGGAAGUACUUUGAGUGGCGUAUUUGGGCGUCUCUUGUCCCCAUUGUUGGAGGGAUUCUUCUGACUUCUGUUACAGAGCUUAGCUUUAACAUGUUUGGAUUCUGUGCUGCUCUGUUUGGGUGUUUAGCUACUUCCACUAAGACCAUUCUUGCUGAAUCUCUUCUUCAUGGUUACAAGUUUGACAGCAUAAACACAGUAUACUACAUGGCGCCUUUCGCCACCAUGAUCCUCGGGAUACCUGCACUACUACUGGAAGGCAACGGGAUUAUGAGUUGGUUUGAAUCACACCCGUCUCCAUGGUCAGCACUCAUCAUUAUCUUCAGUUCUGGUGUGUUGGCCUUCUGUCUCAACUUCUCAAUCUUCUAUGUCAUUCACUCAACGACUGCAGUCACAUUCAAUGUAGCUGGAAACCUCAAGGUUGCGGUGGCUGUAUUGGUGUCAUGGUUGAUAUUCCGUAACCCAAUAUCGUAUAUGAAUGCUGUUGGAUGUGGGAUCACGCUUGUGGGCUGCACAUUCUAUGGAUACGUAAGGCAUAUGCUUUCGCAGCAAACGCCUGGAACUCCUAGGACUCCUCGAACACCAAGAAACAAGAUGGAGUUGCUUCCUCUUGUCAAUAACGAUAAACUCGAAGGCAAAGUCUGAUCUCAGAUCACUGUUCACUGCUGCACAAGAUAGAAUUUAGAAAUAACAUUUUGUUUUUUGGGAUGUUGUUGUUUUGUUUUGGGAUCGUAGAAGAGAUAAUGGUUAUUCUUAUUUAUUUCUCUGUGAUAUGUAGAAUCUAUAGUUUAUCUAAUACAAUUUUCAUUAUACUUAA